AUGAAAAAAAUUCCAACAACCACAACAGCUUCCUCUUCAACAACCACAGCUGCUCCAACAACAACCAAAGAUGCACCCACAACAACCACAUAUACUCUAACAACUACUACAGAAAUUCCAACAACCACAACAGCUUCCUCUUCAACAACCACAGCUGCUCCAACAACAACGACAGCUUUCCCCACGACAACCACAGUUGCUGCUACUACUACAACGACAACCACAGCCGCAGCUCUGACAACCACAGCCAGCCCCACAUCAACCACAGCUUCCCCCACAUCAAACACAGAUGCUGCUACGACAACAACAGCCGGCCCCACAACAUCCACAGCUGUUCAUACAACAACCGUAGCUACCCCCACAAGAACCACAGCUGCCGCUACAACAACCACAGCUUUUUACACAACAACCACACCUUCACCAAUGAUAACCACAGCUGUAACAACGAUAACUACAGCUUCUGCUACAACAACAACACCUGUUGCCCCAACCAGUGAUUCCACUGACCCUCCAACAGCAAAUGAAGGUGUACUUAUUCUGCAUUUCCGGCUGAAUAGCACAUUUCUGGAAGCCUACAAAAGUCCACAGUCCAAUGAGUACCUUAAUUUGGCUUCAAAUCUGACAACUGAGGUAAAUGUUGAUAAUUGA